AUGUCUGCACCAGACUCAAGUAGACGAGAUACGAUAAUAUCCAAAGGGUUAGCCUAUUUAUUGCGACAUGGUGCCAUUAAAGAGAAUCUAACCAUUGAUGAGAAGGGAUACGUAAAGAUCCCCGAUUUAUUAAAUCAUACACGAUUGAAAAGUAGUAAAACCACGAUGGAAGAUAUACUACGGAUCGUAGCCAAUGACACCAAACAACGAUAUACGAUUAAUGAUGAUGGAGAUAUGAUCUGUGCAAAUCAAGGUCAUUCCAUAAAAGCGGUUGAUAAUACCAAUUUAAUCUUAUAUACGAAAGAAACCAUACCGAAAGAUAUUUAUCAUGGAACAUUUAAAAAGAAUUUAGGUGAUAUAAUUCAAAGUGGAGGAUUAUCGAGAAUGGGAAGAAAUCAUAUUCAUUUCACAUCAAGUGAAUCAUCCUAUGUAGCGGGAAAGAGAUAUAAUAGUAAUAUUUUAAUUUAUAUUAAUGUGGAGAAAUGUUUAUUACAUGGAAUUCAAUUUUAUAAAAGUUUAAAUGGGGCUAUAUUAAGUGAAGGCGAUGGCAAUGGAUUUAUAAAAUAUGAAUUAUUUGAUAAGGUGAUAGAUGUUAAAUUAGGAGUUGAAAUUGAUAUCCUGACAUAUAAGGAAAGGGCAACUGAUAAUGAUAAUGAUAAUGAUUAA